AGGAUGCGCAGACCGAGGCGGCUCCGCGGCUGCGCGGGCUGCGGGCGGGGGACGGGCCGGCGCGUGCUGGCGGCGGCGGAGGCGGCGAGGUCCCGGCCCCGCGCCCGCGGCGCCCCCGCAGCGGCCAGAGCGGCCCGGCUGAGGGCUCGGUGCGCAGCGAUGGCGCGGCCGCCGGGGCCGAGCCGGGGGGUCUGGGUGCCGCUGUUCUGGCUGCUGCUGGCGGGGCCCGCCGCCUGUGCCGCCAGCCCCGGGGACGACGGCGCGGGGCCGGGCGGCCGGGGACCCCGAGGCCGCGUGCGGGGCGACGCGGGCGCCGACGAAGCGGUGCGGCGCCACGACUCCUCCUACGGCACCUUCGCCGGGGAGUUCUACGACCUGCGCUACCUGUCGGAGGAAGGUUACCCUUUCCCUACUGCUCCUCCUGUGGAUCCAUUUGCCAAAAUCAAAGUGGAUGACUGUGGUAAAACUAAGGGAUGCUUUAGAUAUGGGAAACCAGGCUGCAAUGCAGAGACCUGUGACUACUUCCUUAGCUACCGGAUAAUAGGGGCCGAUGUGGAAUUUGAGCUGAGUGCAGACACAGAUGGCUGGGUAGCAGUUGGAUUCUCUUCAGACAGGAAAAUGGGUGGUGACGAUGUCAUGGCCUGCGUCCAUGAUGACAACGGCAGGGUCCGCAUACAGCACUUCUAUAACGUAGGCCAGUGGGCGAAGGAGAUCCAGAGGAACCCUGCCAGAGAUGAAGAAGGAGUGUAUGAGAACAAUCGAGUCACCUGCAGAUUUAAACGCCCUGUGAAUGUUCCCAGAGAUGAAACGAUUGUCGACCUGCAUUUGAGUUGGUAUUAUCUGUUUGCUUGGGGUCCAGCCAUUCAGGGCUCUAUCACCCGACACGAUAUAGACUCACCACCUACUUCCGAGCGUGUUGUCAGUAUUUACAAGUAUGAAGACAUUUUUAUGCCAUCAGCUGCCUACCAGACCUUCUCCUCUCCGUUUUGUUUGCUUCUCAUUGUUGCCCUGACUUUCUACUUAUUGAUGGGAACCCCUUAAUCGCAGCUGCAAAGCCAACACAUUCAAUGGAUUAGAAAGUCUUUAGUAUCUAUAUAUAUUUUUAAAGAAUAUGUAGUAUAAUUUUAGCUUCUAUUAUUUAAAAAAAAAAGACUCAUGCUUUCAGCUUUUUGGAAGAAAAAAAACAAACUUCUUUUCUAAUCAAAGAGGAUUGUUUAAUAAUGACCCCAUACUUUUGGAAAAUACUUAAAACUUUUCUAAGUUUUCAUAUUUGAGCUUCACAAUAUCUCUGAGUUGGUUUGAUGAAUAUUAUUAUUGCCUUCUUACUGAAUGGGGUUUGAGACCCAGAAGGCUGCCUUUUUGUGACUUGGUCAGAUAACAGGUAGCAAGGUAGAUAAAGAGCUAGGCAUGGGAUCAUGUCCCUAAAGCACCUCUCCUCUUCCAGCCACAGCUCAGGAGACUUACUUGGAAUAUUACUAAAGAGAACUUCACAGGAUAGACAUAGUUCACAGUCAGCCUUUUAGGCAGAAGAACUUUCAAAUUUCCAUAAAGCUUAAGUGCGUUUGGAUAAUUACACCGCUGAUGGGAAGAAUGGGGGAGAUUACAAUGAUAUGAAAAUGGUUCAUAUUUCUUUGAAAUUUCUUCUCAAUUAGUGAGGAGCUAUGAGAAACCAUUUUUUUUAUUGCUGUUGGAAAGCUUAGAAACAGAGUUGACUGAUCCUGAAGAUGAAAAUUAUGUUAAUAGAUAGGAAAUAUGGGCAUUGUUAGCAGUUAGAAUUUGACCACUGUUUUAUAAAUUAAGGUACUCAUCUGUGGUUACAGCCUAUUCUGUUGCCAGAGUAACAUAUACUGAGAAUGAUUACCAGUAAACAGUAAUAUAACAGACAAAUCAUCUUAAUAAAAAUUUAAAGCAUUUGGACAAUAACGCAACAUUUUGCAGAUUGUGGAAUUUGGCAUAGAAACUUUUUUAAGAUGAGAUUUUUUUAUUAGAAAACUAGAGGCCCAGUGCACGAAAUUUGUGCAAGGGGAUUGGCCCUCGCAGCCCCGGCUUCUUCCGGAAGGUCUUCCAGAAGGACGUCUGGUCUAAUUAGCAUAUUAUGCUUUUUUAUUAUAGAUGACAAAUGACCCGUAAAGUGAAUUCACCUAGAUCAGUGGUUGGCAAACUGUGGCUCGCGAGCCACGUGCGGCUCUUUGGCCCCUUGAGUGUGGCUCUUCCACAAAAUACCGACUUCUGCGCAUGGGCCAUGAAGUUUCAAUCGCACUGUACAUGCGCGCCCGCACGUGGUGUUUUGUGGAAGAGCCACACUCAAGGGGCCAAAGAGCCGCAGUUUGCCGACCACUGACCUAAAUUAUUCAUUCAGAAUUGUGGAUUGGAUUGGCAUUCAGCAUAAUUUAUAAUAAUGCUUUGACUUAAUGGAAUUCCUUUUUUCAAAGGAACGCGAAAUUUCCUUUCUUCCAAAUGUCUGUGUUAGCAGCACAUUUAGGAGAAAAGAAUCUGUGAAUGUGGUUCUGCGGCUGAGGCAUUUCCAUUGUAGAGCUCUGGAGUCCUCUGGCUUGCCUCGUUGCUUUAAAGCUGGUUCCAACUUUGUGGAUUUUUUUGAUUAAACAACACUGGAGACUGGUUUCUAGUGCCAUCCUUGGAAUUCAUGUCAGAGGCGAGAGUCCACCUUUGGAGAGAGCUUUCAAAUUCUGAGCUGAACAGAAAGAAGAAAAACAUCGAGAUUUCUGUGACAUUGCACAGUUCACCAAGCUCAUCUGAGAGAUGUAGGUGAAAUAAUCCUCGUUGUGGGUGGGGAGUGGUUAAACGACCUCAAGUGAGCAAAGGAACUGCGUAGGAUUUAUGUGGCUUAAGUCCCUGGUUCCACCUGACUACCACUGCCUAACUAAGCCCUCUGGUCGUGGCCAAGGCUGGAUUGUACGCCACCUUCUCAGCUAUACUGGUUGUUGAGCAGUGAAGAUACUGAGUAUGCAGGCACCCACCUUGUAAAUAAGAGAGCCAAUAUUUUUCUGUUUCAUUCUCUUAUGUGUAUUAUAGCUAAGCUAUAAAUAGGUUAAACCUAAAGAGAUACUUUAGCUAAUCUCUGUAGCUGGCAGGGAAGCAAUCAAUUAAUGGAUUUCCCUUCUGCUUACAUUUCAAGUCAAGCUAAUUUCACAAAUUGGUUCUACCAGUUUUCACCAAUUGAUGACCAGUUUUGCACAUUUGUGCUUAGAACCUUCCAUGAUUUCUCACUGCUGUUAGUGUAAAAUGCAAGCCACUUUGAUCACCUCCAGUAUCUUCUUUUGUCACCACUCCUCACUUGCUAUGACCCAGCUCUCAGUUCUUUAGACCUGCUUUCUUACGUCUCGUGUUCCCUGUGACCAAACAUUCUCCAUCCACUUCCUGUGCUUGCUGAACACCUGCCCAUCUUUCAGGCCACAGAUUAAAUAUUUCUUCUUCCAACCCCCUGGACCAGAUAGAUUUAGGUCCCGGGCAAGUGCCCCUAUAGCACGCUGGGCUUCCUCAUCACACUUUACUGUAAUUGCUGACACCUCCUCCCUAUGCAGGGGUAAGCAUUUCUUGUUACUCAUUGUAAUACACACUACUACAUGGUAGAUACUCAACAAACAUUUGUUGAAGGAAUAAAUAAACUUCUAUGGCAAGUUUCUUUGGAUCAGAAGACUUGUAUUUCAUAUACAUUGUCAAACUGGCUAACAUUUUUAUAUUCUUCCACCUGUGAUCAAACCAUAAGCCAUCUCAUUAGCAAACACUGAACUCUGUCUUUUGAAACAUAGAAAGAUGGUUAGUAAUAAUGCUGUUUUGCCCUGCAAACAUAGUUGACAUUCUUACCAAUGAUCAUUGUUUAGAAAUAAGAAUUCACAGAGCUGGGUUGGAGAACAGCAUUUAACAUCGUCUCAGAGUCAUCAAUUUAUAGACACACGGGAGUUAAACUCUGUGGACUCCAAGUUCAUUCAUUCUUACCUAAUAUAAGAGAAUCAACUUCUAUUUUACCUCUGCAUUCAACUUUCUAACAUAGUACUUGGUACAGAGGAGAGACCCACCUGUGUUUUUGUAGAAUAAUCUAGCUAUUCGUAUUCAGUGCUGUUCUAAGCACUCUGUGUGGGUUAACACAUUUGAUCCUCACAACAACCAUAGGAAAUAGAUUCUAUUAACCCAAUUAUACAGAUGAAAAAACUGAGGCUAGUCAUUUGGCACAAAUUACCUGUGCUGGCCAGGACUUUAGAGACCAUUUAAUCCAAUGCACUUAUUUUACAAAGGGCCAGCUAAGGCCUAGGGAGGUGGUAGUAUUUCCUACCCAUUCAUGCCUUCAUGCACAUACAUUAAAACUUUUAUUAAGUGGAACCCACUAUCCACACUCAAAUUAGCUAGGUACUUUGCCCCCCCCCCCCUUUUAGUAAUUUACUAAUAAAGGACUUUUUAUACUUAAUAUUUGGGGGGAAAGGUACAUUUUACUUUCUACCAGCUUUUAUUUUUAAAUUUAUCUUUAUUGUUGAAAGUAUUACAAAUGCCCCCUUUGUUUGUUUUCUACCAGCUUUUGUUCUUAAAACUAUUUUGAUUAUUUUACCAGUCAUUUUUAGAGCCUUUAAUAGUGUUUUUUAAAUGAACACACAGAUUGGACAAGACUAGAAUGUAUUUGUCUUGGUUAAUUUUGAAAAGUGGCUUGCCUAAAACCCAGGUCUUCUAACUUGGAGUCUAAUGCCCUUUUGUUGCUCCCCAGUCAUCUCAAAGGUGAAUUGGUAAACAUGAUUUCAGACAAAAUGCAGGAGCCAUGUUUCACUGUCUUAAGUUGGCUUUCGUCACGAAGGAAAUCAGGAAGUUUGGACAACUCGGGGGUGGAUUUCCAUCCCCAGGGGUUUUUACUGCUAUUUCUGUAAUUACUGUCUACAUAAAGGAUCUGUGUUUGAGAGAGAUGACCACAGAGGUUAUGUGUCAUUCUUAGCUCUAGCAUAGGGCUCAGCAAGCUGCUUCUAUAAAGGGCCAGAUGGAAAAGAUUUUAGGCUUCGCACUCUCUGUUUCAACUGUUCAACUCUGUCAUAGACCGUGCAUCAACCAGUGAGCACGGAUGGCUGUGUUUCCAUAAACCUUUGUUGACACUGAAAUUGGAAUUUCACCUAAUUUUUACAUGUCACAAAUAUUCUUCUUUAGAUUACAAAAACAUCUAACCCUAGCUGGUUUGGCUCAGUGGAUAGAGGAUUGGCCCGCAAACUGAGGGGUCACGGAUUUGAUUCCAGUCAAAGACACGUACCUCAGUUGCAGGCUCCAUCCCAAGCCCUGGUUGGGGUGCAUGCGGGAGGCAACCAAUCAAUGUGUGUCUCUCACAUCAAUGUUUCUCUUUCUCCAUCUCCCCCCUCCCUUCCACGCUCUCUAAAAAUCCAUGGAAAAAUGUCCUCGGGUGCGGAUAAACAACAACAAAAACAUCUAAAAAUGUAAACACCAUUCUUAGCUUGCAAAAAUAGGCGGCAGGUUGGGUUUGGCCUGUGAACUCUAGGCUUCCCUUGCUCUCAGCCAGGAGACACACCUAUGUGUCAGGAUCAGUUGUCAAGUACACUGCUGGUAAUGCAUUACUGGUUGAUUGCAAAAAUAUUGAAGUUAGUAAGUAAUUUGUUUAUAAAAUAUAGCUGAUGAAUUGUUAUCCUGAUCAUGGCAUUCCCAGGCACUUACAUUCUGAUAGAUUUCCCAGAGUUGAUGCGAAAGUGGUGGCAGUUAAGUCAGCGCUAGGUAAGCAGCCGUUUUAUUUUACCUAAACUGUGGCGGCCGUGAAUAACUUUCACUGAUGAAUGGCUCUUCAUGGUAAUUUAUUUCCCUGAGACAUUUUUUUUUAAGUCUUAUCAAAAUCUGCUGCAGUUGCCGGAAUGUUUUACACAUGUGACAGUGUCAUCUACCGUAUGUAUCAUGAUGGAAAAAUGUUUGAGAGCCACCACAAUAGGCCCAAGGCUGAGAUGUGUAUACUUUGUUGUAUAUAAAUGUAUGUGUUUUUGUUCUCUAAACAGAAUUGGUUAUGUUCAGUGAACAGGUUGAUUAUUCUCGGUGUUUGUAUAUAGAUCUGUACAUACAAGAUGAGGUCUGUGUGUGUUUAUACAUAAAUGCCUAUAUGUACAUACCAUGACCAUCUGAAGGUCUUUGCCAAGUUCUGUUUCUGAACUCUUGGAUACUUUAAAACCCAAGAGGUAAAACAUUGUAUGUAUUUCAGGCAAAAUGACCCUGGAGUUUAUAGAAAUUUAGUUUGUAGAAAGGAUUCCUGGAUCCUUUAUUAAGCCUUGCCUCCUCCAAUCAACCUUGUACGAAUUGUUAAGAACGUAUAAAGUGUCAUUGUUGAGUCUGACGUUUCUAUACUGUAAGUUAAGAAACUGAGACGAGUGUUAACUGAGUACAUGGCAUGUUGAUGCAACCCAUACCCGUUUUGUAUAUAAUUCGGUUCUUUCUCUAAUUAUUCAAUUACUUAGUUUCAAGGUGGACUUCUUUGUUUCUAUGUUUAAUAGAUAACUUGAGUGUAAGUUCCUUUUCAUAAAAAUAGUGGCUAUGCUAAUGUGAUUUCAAGUAGGCCUGCAAAUUUAAGUGAAUCAUUCAUCUCUGGAAUUUUUCACUUAAAAUAUACUGAUUUUUUUACUAAUAUUUUCAGCCCACUCCCCCCUCCCCCCGCCCCCACCACGGAUAUUUGCUAUUGGGCAAGUAGCUGUUCAGUUCCAUUUUUCUGGAGAGUCAGCGAUUCUCUCGGGUCUCGGGGUGCUGAAGGGGUUGUGGCCUUCGCCCAGGUCACUAGAGCAGUUACCAUUCCAUCACAUAGCAAGUCCUGGCCACCUGGAGGAGUGAAUGCAGCUUCUCCACAUGCCUUAUUCCCACAGCUGCGCCAACAUGCUGGAACAGUCUCGCUCCAGGAGUAUUCAUAUACUUUUUUGAGAUUGUCUAUAAAAUACUAUUUUGUAAAAAUGAUGCUUUUCAAUAGACAUUGCUGGGUUAUAUUUGUUUUAUAAUAAUUAUGUACCUAAUGUUUGAUUGUGAUUGAUUUUGAGAUUUAUGUAUAUUUAUAAGCCUGUCCCAUAUGAAUUUUUACUCUUAAGAUGUGAGGUACCUUACUAAUAAAGACAUGGAUUUCUAUUUAUGUCAAAUAACUGUAGCAGUAUUCCUAAAUGCUACCUAAAUAAUUGUACUGUCCAUUUGCCAUCACAAAUACUUUUAUCCUUAGAGGAUUAUGUCACAGUUACAAUAUAUUAACUAGAUUUAAACUUUAAAAUAUAAAUUCUCAACAUGGUUUGACACUUGUCCUGUUGAUAUCAUUAAAGGUAGUUUAUGAUUCCUUA